AUGGAGAACACCGUAGGAGCAGCGUUGCGUUAUGAUAAUAACGAUCGUCGUCAGCGAGCCACAUCCACUGAAGUAACACCGAAGCCCAUGGUAAAUAGGCAAAGGAAUACACGGCCACCGCCGUAUAGACCACCUUGUGCAGCCGCAAAACCAGCAGAUGUAAGAACAAGGGCAUCAACAACAACAACGAUGACAGCAACAGUACCAACACCACCACCAACAGCAACUGCAACCGCAACAGUAACAGCAACAACCACCACAACAGCAGCAGCAGCAGCAGCAGCGGCAGCGGCAUUACGUCGAGAAAUACGACUGCAAAGCGUACAGCCGGCGUGGUGUAGAGCCGCAUUGUACCCACCAACGGAGGAUGGGCUCACAAUGGAAUUGCGGGACUUUAUUUCAUAUAUUACACUUAAUACUGAAGAGGAACGUCAACGACAGGAAGUUAUUACGAGGGUGCAGAAUAUUGUGGGUGAACUGUGGGGUCCUACAACACGAGUUCUCGUCUAUGGUAGUUUCGCCCUUGGGCUUUCUAUCCCUUCCUCAGAUGUGGAUCUCACAGUUCUCUUUGAAGAUGAUGAUACCACAGCUGCUGCAACAACAACAACAACAGCCGCAUCCACUACUACUAAUACUACUACUACUAAUACCACUACCAACACUACUAACACUACGACUAAUACUACUACUUUAAAUAAUAAUGAUGUUGUUACUUCGACUUCAACUGCUGCGAUGGAAGUGCGGGCGAGACGCCUGCGCCGACUCUACCAGCUUAGCGACCGUCUCGCACACGAUGGAUUCUCUGUUAAGGUGUACGACUUCUGCCGUGUACCUGUGGUGAACAUCCGCGAUCCUUUCAGUGGCGUUGUCUGCGAUAUCAGCGUCUCUGGUCUCACACACGUGGCGGAUGUGUUGCAGCGACAACGUGCGUGGCUUGCGGCCCACCGCGGGGCGCGAGAACUCAUCAUUGUGACAAAAGCGGCACUUAAACAAUGGGGCCUUAACUCCCUCUUCCACGGCGGUCUUUCCUCUACCGCUCUCUACAUGCUUGUACGUCGAUUCCUGCAGGAGGAAGGGGCAGGGGAGAGGCUUCAACGCAAUAUAACCCCACGACGUUUACGUAAUUUCUGGUACUACGCCUCAUCACAUACUUUUAUUAAUGGAUACGGCCUGCACGAUGCCUUCGCCACACCAGAUGAAACGGAAACCACUACCACUACUACCACUAAUACUACCACAACAGAAACAUCAGAAACAACAACAACAACAGAAACCCCAUUAGCAGCAGAGCCAGCCGUUGUGCUGCGAGGAGGGCCGGACCUCACGGCUGCCUCUUACCGAUUACCGGAAGUGUUGGGAAUGUUUCAUCACGCCGCAAAGGCACUGGAUGAUGCCAUCAUGCGGCACAGUUCUCCACGCCUUGGCUGCAAUUGCAGUCUGAGUAAUAUAUUUGUAGAUCCACGUGAGAAAACAACAGCAAUGGCAGCGGCAGCGGCAGCGGCAGCGGCAGCGGCUGCUGCGGCUACAUGUAAGCGUCAACGCGCACUCACCCAGCAGAAUGGGUGGGCAUAG